AUGGAUCUAGUUGAUCCAAGAUUGGGCUCAGACUUCAACAAGAAAGAAGUGAUGGUGAUGAUCAUUGUGGCUCUCCUGUGCACCGUUACCUCUUCUGCUGUUAGGCCGACAAUGUCUUCUGUUGUAAGCAUGCUUGAAGGCAGGGCUGCUGUUCCAGACUCGAUUCCAAACUCAAGUGACUCCGUGGAUGAGGCCAAGCUUGAAGCAAUGAGAAACUAUUAUCAAUACAGUAGAGAACAAUCUAACGAAGGGAGCACGAGCCAAAGCCAGAGCCAGAUCCAGAGUAUGUCGAUCGACGGGCUGUGGACAGGUUCUUCCACAUCUGCAUCUGAUCUUUAUCCAGUCAAUCUGGAUUCAGAAUAUCUGAUUACUAGAAACUAG